AUGAGUUCUUCAUCAAGCUCUCGUGAACCUUCACCAUCUAUGAAACAAACUUUACCAAACGAUUAUGGAGCACCUAUUGAAUAUUUCUUACGAGCUGCACAAUGGCAAAGAGCAGUCUCACCAAGGUUAGGUGUUCCACCAGCUCCUGUCAAAAAUAGCAUUUGGUCAAGUCCUUAUAUAAGAUAUGGUCUCCCACUAGGUUUGCUAGCUACAGCAGGAGCAGUUAUGAUGUUGAAAAGAAAUAAAGCAAAUGUUGUAAAUAAUACUGAAGUAGCUGAAGUUAAACAAACUCCAACACCUUCAAUGACUCCUGAACCUAUGGAAGUACAAACUCCUGUUCAAAAGUCAACUCCUAAACCGACUCCAACAUUUAAACCAGAACCUACUCCUCAAAUAAAUCGUAAAACUCCUGCGUUUCCUUACUGA